AUGUCUUCCUCUACACCCACCAACAACAUCAGCAUGCACGAACGCCGGGUAAGUCACCAAACCCCCACCACGCCCAAAAACUAACUCCAGCUAACAGAAAGAACUCUCUAUGGAACUUAAACUCAUGAUCCUCUCCCACCACGUCUCCAACCAGGUCUCCCACCUCUUAGACCACGCAGAGAAAAUCGUAAGCGAGAAAGGUACACUAAUCGGUGUCCGAGUACACCAAGACCCCCAAAAUCCCCUGACCUUAAACUAUAAUGUCUGGUGGGAUACCCGCCAAUGCUUUCUACGUGCUUUGUUUGAAACGGCUAGUAGCAGAGAAGAUAUUCCAGAGGUGGAGUUUCAGAUGGUGUCUUUGUUUGAUACACCCCCCAAGAGAUGCCUCACAUUUUGGAAUGAAGAUGCGGCUCCUUCUGAUAGCGAUACCGAAGGUUUGGCUUUUGGGACUGUUGGUAUGACUUGGUGGGAUGUGGUUGUAUUUGUGGGGGCUGAAAUAAAGGGGGAAGUGAAAGGAAGCGAGAUAGAGAAUAGGGACCAUUCCUUGAAAGAGAGUGGAUGA